UCAAAAUUGCUAUGUUAGCUUAAUAAUGUGCCCUUGUGGGAAAAGCCGAAGCAGGAAGGGCGCGGGUACAAACAACGAAGUUCGGCAUAUACAAAACGUAUAGUGGCGCGACGGUGGCCAUGGCGAGUGAGUGAUUGUGGAGCUGUGAUGUUCAUUUCCCCUGGGAAUUGGUGGCGGCACGGCAGAAAUGGAGAUGCAGCAGCUGCUCAGCAUGGGUUUCCCUCACGACUUGGCCGCCCAGGCUCUUGCGGCCACCGGCGGCGAUUCCGCUCUCAAAGCCACCGAGUGGAUUCUCAAUCUUACCCACAAACCGCCAUCUCCUCACGAUUCUUCUUCUUCUAGCCCUAACGCUAACCCAAACCCUAGUCCCUCUCCGUUCCAGCCCAAGCUCGAUCACUUCUUUCACUUCAAAUCCAAACCAUCCAGUUCUAUCCCCUCUUCCCAAACCCCCUCCUCCACUGGUUCACCCCUUUUCCAACAACAGCAACAACAGCAAGGAGGCGGAGGCGGAGGCGGAGGAGGAGAACAUGUUUCAGUUUCAGACCCUCAAGAAGCUCCACCCAAGAAGCGUCCCAAGCUGCUACCGUCGCAAUCUGUGCUCAGGACGCCGCCCCAUGAACCCUUGUCGGAGCGAAUGCGGCCCCGUACCAUCGACCAGGUGGUGGGUCAGGACCAACUUCUCGCCGCCAAUUCCCUUCUUCGCUCCGCCAUUCACUGCAACCAUCUCCCUUCUGUGGUGUUGUGGGGCCCACCCGGAACUGGUAAGACCUCCAUUGCCAAAGCAAUCGUCAAUUCCACUUCUUCUCAAUCCUCCUACCGAUUGGUUUGUUUGUCUGCCGUGACUUGUGGAGUUAAGGACGUUAGGGAGGCCGUGGAAGAUGCUAGGAAAUCUAAAUUGAAGAAUAACAGGAGAACCGUUUUGUUUGUGGACGAGGUUCACAGGUUUAACAAAUCACAGCAAGACUCCUUCUUGCCCGUCAUAGAAGAUGGGAGUAUCGUGUUCAUGGGGGCUACCACUGAGAACCCAUCUUUCCACUUGGUUACACCGUUACUGUCUCGAUGCAGAGUGCUUGUGCUUAAUCCCCUGCAUCCCCACCAUGUUGCUGAGCUCCUUAAUCGAGCUAUUAUGGAUAGUGAGAAGGGAAUUACGCAUAGCGUGGGGAUGAAAAUCAAAGUGAAUGAGGAAGCCAUUGAUUUCCUAUCGUCAAACUGUGAUGGAGAUGCUCGGGUGGCAUUGAAUGCCUUGGAAAUUUCGGCCAUGACAGCAGUAGCCAGGCUCCCUAAUCGAAGCUCUGCUGUAGAUAAAAAUGAUCAAAAUAGGGUGGGCUUAUCUGGAGCAAUUGUAACUCUGGAUGAUGUGAAGGAAGCACUUCAAUGCAAGCAUCUUGCUUAUGACAAGGCUGGUGAAGAACACUACAAUCUCAUCAGUGCACUUCACAAAUCUAUGAGGGGCAGUGAUGCUGAUGCGGCAAUUUAUUGGCUGGCAAGAAUGUUAGAAGGAGGUGAAGAGCCUCUCUAUAUUGCACGGCGACUCAUAAGGUUUGCAAGUGAGGAUGUUGGAUUGGCUGAUCCAUCUGCCCUUCCCCAGGCUGUUGCCUGCUACCAAGCUUGCCAUUUUAUUGGCAUGCCAGAGUGCAAUGUAAACCUUGCACAGUGUGUUGCUUACUUGGCAUUGGCGCCAAAAUCUGUUUCAGUUUAUCGGGCAAUUGGGGCUGCGCAGAAGGUGGUGAAGGAAUCAAUAGGACAGAAUGAGGGAGUGCCACUCCAUCUGAGAAAUGCACCAACUAAGUUAAUGAAGGAGCUUGGGUAUGGAAAGGGCUAUAUCUAUCCUCCUGACAAUCCUUCAUCAUCGCAAAGCUAUCUGCCCCUGUCGCUUCAAGGUUACAAGUUCCUCAACUGGCCACAAGAUGGUAUCAAUGAUGGAUGACAGGCUGUUUGAUCACCAUUGGAAGGUUUUGAAGCUAGUUACCUAUAAUUGUUUGAUUACCCUCCCGAACAGGGAAGUUUGUCACAUAUGGGUAUUUUGCAUCUUGAUAGUUCCGUUCAAGCUAGGGUGCAAGUAUUUUGAAGUACUGCACUUAUACUCCCCAAAAGGGUCGGCAAGGAAGUGGUGAAAAGGCCUAGAAUGUAUUCCCUGAUCAAGCAUAGGAGGAUCAUCAAGAGGCCUGCUUGCAGGCAUGACAUACUGGCUGUGUGGCUGACCGACACCCAAUCGAAGUCAGGGAAAUGCAUGCAGAAGUUGAUUGUGUGCGGAAUUUAACACAGCAAUGUCCAUUUGUGGAUGUGUGCUGGCAUCCAAGAUGGCACUGAUCAACUGCAGUGUCCAAUCCUUGUUAGGUAAGUGUUACCGUGUUAGCUCAAGCUCAAUGGCUUCAUCAAGAUUGAUGUAUGCUGCGUGUGCUGGGACAAUUUUUACUCGACAAAGGGGUUGUGAGCAGAUCAUGUUCAACAUUGCAUUGAAAGAAUGAUGAGAACCUGCAGCACUUGUUUGACUGUCUUUAUUGUAGGGCAAUUACUAUGGAGAUGUAUAAGAAUGAUUGCUGUAAAGGGAGCAGUAACUGAACUGGGUUUCAAGAGAGUAAAGAGGGAUGGGGUGGGUGCGUGGGUGUGGUAUACCUAUCCUCACGGAUUUUCUGGUGUCCAAGGGGACAACAGUGUAAAUAAUAGGGGGUUUAUAGACGACUCAAAUCUUGGACCGAAUGUCAAAUGAAAUCCAAGUAGUCUGACAACUGACUUCCUUUGAGAGGUCUUUGACUCGAGGGUCAGGAGAGUCCCAAAGAUUGUACUUGAUGGGUGCCUCCUAGUUCGUUCGUUUGGCCAUGCCAGAGAUCUGCCCUUCAUUAAAUGGAGGCUAUCAGUUAUGUUGGCCUUUUAAAUUUGAUCCAUGUUUUGAUGCUGACAAAUCACCAGUAUCUUAUGUGUGCAUUUAGUGUGUGAACAGGUUCUUAUUUCAACACGAACAUAAAAUACCAAAAAAUGAAAGUCAAGACGAAACUUAAAGCGUACACACAACUUGGCGUAUCCCAUGAAGAAAGAGCAAAAGGCGAAGACAUUUAUUGUAUUUAUAUUGUAUUUAAUUUUUUUAUUUUUGGUCUGUAAUAAUGUAUGCAUCUGCAUGAUAUGAAUUGUAUGCUCAGAUGGCUGUAAAAUGACUUUAAGGAUCACCUUCGGUUGACCUUUGGUUGAUUGACGUCAGAUUUUUGGGUUAGUUCAAAACAACCUUAAAAA